AUGGGUCGGGUCGCGACAAAUGUAAAAAACGAGUUUGUCGCUUUAACAAACGAUUAUCUCGACAAGAAGAUAAAUAAGCAUGCCAAAAAAGUCGCUUCAAAAGCGUACUCCAUGGCCAACAAUUACCAGAGCGGUAAGCGACGGCGUGGAUCACCACAGUACUAUGCUCAUCGUCGCCACUCGCCAACUGGCUAUUUUUAUGAUCAGCAGCACGCGCUUUUUGCUGAUCGAGCAUCGCUUACACCUUCCCCAGAGCGAAAGAAGCAAAAACUGGCCAAGAAAUGCAAGAAUGCGGCCAUCCUUUUUGCGGAAAAAACAAAAGACGCAAUUCGCGAAAUUGCUUCCGCGCCGCCCAAAAUGGCUACAGCGUUUUCUUUCGGCCCGUACGAGGCCAGAUUCGCUCUCUGCCCCAAGAACACAAGCGAGGCUGAUGCAAUUCCCUCCCUUCGCGAGAUCACCCACGCGAUCGAGACUCAAGAUGGCGAUCGACCGAUGAUCAUCCAAGGCAAGGGGAUUUUUUUCCCUUUUCAUCUGUUCACUACGCGGAAGAUGAAUAUGGAAUCUCUCUUGCCUGCGAUCGCAGCAACUGAGCAUCAAGCGCCGCCGCCACCUCCACCCGCUCGUCGAUCUAUUGCCUACACUCCAGUGAGCAGCAGCAACAACAACAACAUCAUUGAUGAUGAUGAUGAUGAGUUGGCUCACGAGGAGGCGGUGGUAAUGGAAACAUUGCCGCUGCCAAAGAUCAGCUCUCAAGAUCAGGCGAUUUUGGCAAUUUCUUCGGACAAUGAUUCCGAGAUUGAGUUUAACAACCCAUUGCUCCGCCGCCACCGCCGCUCGACUGCUCCACCCGCUCGACCACCACCACCACUGUCUGCCGGAGAGACACCAAUUCAGCGAGAACAGCGCCGCCGAUCUGCGAUGAAAAGUCGCUCGGCUAGAAAAAACACCUUCUCCGCGGCGAGCAAAAACACCUUCGCCUCGAAAAACGUCUCGACCUCCUGUAUCACCUCCUUACAAAAAGAUCAUUUCUGGUCUUUCGUCAUCGAUUUUGCACUCUGCUGGCACCAAGAAAAAUGCCAAGAAAAAAAGACGAAAAAAAAGAAGGCCAAAAAGAGUGCCAAGACUGCAAAACCAGCAACGCCGCCGCCGCCAUUCGAAAGUCUGCCAGAAGUUGGCAUCAAAAAGAAGCAGAAUCGAAAAAAAAAAUCUGCUAAAAACACGCUUGUUAUUCCACCAGCUAUCCGCGAUCUUUCGAAGCCGAAAAAGAAAAUCUCUGCCGCUCGAUCUUCGCCCCCAAAGCUUUCACCGAUGAAAGAUCCAUCCAAAGAGGUUAUUGAGCUCUCGUCAGAGACAUCCGACGCCGAAGAAGAAAACACCGCUGCCGUCGCCGCCGCCGCUAAUCAGAGCGCGUUUUUCAAGCGACCUUACGACGAAAGCGAAGGCGAGUUGGUGAUUGACGAAGAGCACGAGGAAGUCGCGCAACCUCCAAAACCUCGAAAAACGAGCAAGGUGCAGCGAGUUCCUAAUCCGCCAAAGAAAAGAAAAACUGCGAAUGCGGCAGAAAAAGCAGCGAAAAAAUCGACAGUGGCGAAAAGACGAACCGAUACUCCUCGCCCGCGCCGAUGCAAGCCGGUCCCUCCAAAUUGCAUUUCGCAAAUGGACUACAAUCGAUCUCGGCUGUUUCAAAAGGGAGAUCCAGAAACACCAACAAAUGAUGCGGUCGGAAAGCCAACUGAGCCGCGUAUUCUCCCUGUCGUCGAUAAAAAGUCGACGGUUCCUCGCGAUCCAAUGCCUAAUUUGGAAAACACGGUGACAAUCGAGGAGGGUGAAUUUCCGCUCAUCUUGCCAAGUGAUCCCAAGGUGGAUGAAGAAGUUGGCGAGCUUCUUCGACGAACGGACGCGCUCGAAAUUACGGACAGCGAGGACGAGUCUACCGGCGAAAUUAAGAAGAGAAUCGAAGCGUUCAAAAAAGAGGCACCAGUUUGGCCAAUGAAUCGCUACGCCUUGCGAAAAGCUUUUAAAUUGGCCUACGAUUCCAAAUAUGGGGUGCGACCGACAAUGGCUGACUCUCGAAUUGGCGCUUGGUUGCAGCGAGUCGCCCGAAAGUACCACCAUGCAAAGCGCUAUGGUCAACCGCUGAACGAAGCCGAAUAUCGCAUUUUCAUUGAAAAUGUAAGCAAGGGCUCCUCGCUCGAAAGUUUUUUCAAUGAGCCGGGGCUCGAAGUUGGCCCGAGAGUCGUCUGGGAUAAGAUUGGCAGCUUUUUUCCCAUCUUCGCCAUCGAUGGAUUCGUGUUUUACUACAUCAAGGAUCUAAAAAUUUGGGUUCACUUCGAGAAGAGCGGCUGGCGACUUGUGUCAAUCACUGACAAAGAUCUCGGCCAUCCAGCUAUUGUUUUGGCAACGCUCAACGACAUGCCGCCAAUGGUUUUUCCGUGGCCCUUUCCGUCGGCUGAGGAUCCUUACGCAAAGGCGAAGUCGACCAUUCUACUCGUUUGUGGAUUCAUCCCUUUGGGUGCUUAUCCGGAAUACGCGCUUGAAGCUGUCGACAUAAGUAAAAAGGUUUUACAGACGCUUUGCAUCGAAGAGCAAAUCACUCAACCGCCCUCAGCUGACCAGAUGAUCGCUCUCAACGAGCGACUUGAGAAUAAGUGCUACAGGAUGGUCAAUACAGCGUUCAAGAUGGAUCUCUUGAACCCCGAAGAUGGCCUCACCGAUGAGGAAAUUCUAGAGGUGCGAUACAAUGGCCUCAUUCUCAAAAUGGACGAGAUGCUUGGCUCUCCAAAACCACCAACAAAGCUUCCUCUGAAAAACCGCGAUCCAUUUGAGGCAAUUGUUGGCGCUCUCCCGCGUGUUUUCACUGAAAAUGAAGAUGUCUGGCCUCAGAACAUUUUCAUCAAAACGCUGAUUUACGCCAACUCGUGCCAAAAAUUUACAGAAAAUCCUGCAAUGAUGCAGCUUUUUGGCGUCGGCGAAAUUUUGCCAGCAUCAGUCGUCGCUUGGCAACAGUGGCUCAAUUACCCGCUGCUCGAUUUGAAGAUGAGCACCGCGGAGAAUAAGCGAGCUCAAGUCAACUUGGAGAAUUUCGUCACCAAUUACAAGCCAAUGCCGCCGACUACGUCUUCCAAAGACUCCACCACUGCCACGAAUGCGCCAGAUCCGACUAAAGACGCCCAAAUCCGCAAGAAAAAGGCUCGAGCGCUGACUCUUGAGCAGAUGGAAGAGGCUGCGACUCCGUACGGGCUUCAUGAAUCCGACGAUGAAAACAUUUCCUCUGUUCCUCGCGCAAAAAUGCCCUAG